UUAGGAGCUUAUAGUAUUUCAAAUAAUGAUUCAAAUGGAGCACCGAUCUACCAGAAACAAGAUGCCACAAACAGUAGUGAAAUAACAAUUAGAAUGUCUGAUGGCAACAAAUGGAGCAUUAUAUCAGAGUCUGAAACAUUAACCACAGCGUUUACAACAGCCAUCACAAACCCAGUUGAAAUAAAUAACACAUGGACUGUGGCAUCUGGUACAAUAGUCCUAGAGUGCUACUUUGGCCAAGAAGGAAUUUGUAGUGGGGUUCUGUUAGAUGGUGGUUCUAUUCCAAUGAGAAGACAGGGUAUCUAUUCACUUUAUGGUCCUCUUCUCAAUGGAAGGCCUGUUUAUAUUCGCGAGGGUGAAUCUGCCUUCCUUUAUUACGUUAUCCAGAAUCCGCAAAGCAGGGUCUGGCUCAUCUCUAACGAUAUUAAAUCCACUUUUGGAGGAGUUCGUGUUAA